AUGGGCUGCCCGUGCUGUAGGUCUGGCCCGUUGAAUGUGACUGUUCGGACAGACAGAACUGGUUACUGUGUAGGAGAACUAAUGACAAUUACAGUGUACGCCAAAAACCAAACUCCUUACAGGAUUCUUGGAGUGGAGGUGGAAUUGAUUCAGGAUACUAUUUAUGUAUCGCAAGGAGGUAAGCAAAAGACCAUGUUGACAACAGGUGCCAAACAUUAGAGCCUCCAAGUAAUCGUGUUGAUGUUUUGAAGAAAUUAAUGCUAAAAAAGCCGUGGGCUUAGUUUUUCCCAUGGUUAUUUCCUGCAGUGAUACAAAAUCAUAGAAAAUGUCGUGGAACAAGAGACUGAACCCAAAAAAACAUGAUCCGUAAGCAGGAGGGAAAUAAUUUUUCUCUCUUGCCGUAAGCUCAUUGUUCACACAGAGAAAGUUUGAAGACGCGUAAAACACGCGAAUAGCUCGUGCGUAUAUCUUCAUGUUCGUUUAAUUCAAAGUCUAAUCUUGUACGGAAUGAGGAAUUACUAUCAGGAAACAAUGUUUGUUAAGAUAUAUGUAUUGAAUCCCGCCCUUUUUAUCUAGAAUCAUAAAGCAUUCCAGAUGCUCCAAAAUCCCAGCAUGAGGUCUUUGCAGUCUAGUUAUUUUUUUCGAUCAUUGGCGCGCGCUUGUUUACAACAGAUCAGACAAUUCAUUUUGGUCUUCAUUUCUUUCCCUGAGGUCAUUUUCAGCAGACUUUUUAUAACUUUUCAUAUACAUUUUUUAAAAUUCAGGAAAAAAGAUGUUAACGACGGAUAUUCUUGCAACUGUUACAAAAGCAGGAAAAGUUUCAAAUCUGGAAGGAGCGCCAAAUGACUUUUUUGAAAUGGUACCUGUGCUUAUCCCAUCUACAACACCUUCUAUGAAGAGUUGCAGGUGUAUAAAGAUAUCUUACCAAGUAAAGGUCAGUUUUAUAUGCGAAGUAUUCUUCAAUCAAUUUUCUGUUUUUAUUCUCUGGGAUCUUAAAGCAAAGGCAAAACCAUAGCUAGGAUUCAGAAAAAAGAUCAGAAAACGGAUGAGUGGGAUCUCGAUAAAUCUUAACUUUGUGUCGAAAUUGCUCGUAAAGUGGGCUGGAGACUUAACUCUUGUAGUUUAUGGUGAGGGGUGAGAGACAGGUGGCCUGUUUCAGGCUCUCAGAUACUGAGGAUGACGCUUUCGUGUUCGCGCUUUCUUAAUUUCGCGGACCCGACUAUCUCUGAGCCUGGAACAGACUAGGAGAGGCGAUGCCCGAACGUACCUUUUUUCCUUAGCCUUUCAAGUUUUCCCGAAAUGUCAACACAUCGUCUUAAACGGAAUGCAGGGGGGACGGGAUAGUGUUUCAAUGCACUCAGGGAGGAUCCACAAUAAAGCGGAUCUUCCACUUAAUUACUAGUAAAGUAUGGACAUGACAAUGAUUGUUUAAUCAGCUAGUUGAAGCUAGCGCCACUGGAGAAUUUAACUUGCUAAACGAACCUCUGCUUAUCGAGUGACAUCUGACUGGGAACGCACCUGGCUUAAUAUCAGAAAAUGAACUGAAGUAGCACUCAAAUCGGCCUGGAAGUAUCUGGCAAUGCUAUAGUGCUAUGAUUUUCGAUGAAGUGCAAAACUCGGCUCCCCCGGUCUCCUAGAAAAAUAUCAAUUAAAGGACGAGUCUAAAGCAAUUCUCAGUAAGUCUGUAACUUGAAUGACAUAACAGGUACACCACGAUUGACUAAAAUAAAGUUUAUUCCCCUAACUCGGGGUUUUAAAUGAGGCAUUAGGACCGGCAUUCACAGAUUAGCCUUAAGGGUAAUCACACAAGCCCGCCAAUGACAAAUAAAGCAACGCCUCUUUCAAAUGAUCGCCCAUGCCAUGCUGAAGAGAUUUUUAAAAUAUUACCUCAGAUAAUACAUCAUUUUUCUCACUCACUACAUACAACAAGACGUCAUGCAAGUCUAGCCAGAAACACCGACAAAGGUAACCAGUUUGGAAGUUAUGCUCAAAUGGCCAAGUAUUCACAUGACAGUAUCCGUUUCUUUUCUCUAGUUUACUCUUGUAUUGCGUGGAACCGUAAAUUUUCGUGUACACAUUCCAAUCACGAUUGGUUCGGUACGUCAGUCAUCAGUAAAGGGAAAGACCUCUCCGACCGUUACCUUCAUGGGCCUGGCCUCCACAUCCAUGGAGGGUACGGACGGCAUCUCGCCUUAUCCAAAUGAAGGUGCGCAUGCGCAGCUAGUUUGUUCAGGUUUAGCGCAAGCAUGUUGUCAUUCGAUUUUAUCGUUGGUUGAAAUUUUGUUUUCUGUUGUUUUAAAUUUAUUAUCCUACAUAACUUUUACCCUAAAAUAAAGGAAAAUAUCAUAAUUCAAAGCAAGUAUACAUUUGAACCGGAACAUGCUCGAGGGUAAAAGAGAGAGUUUGAAAUGAGAGAAAUUUACGAGUGUAAAGAGCGUCACCAAAUUUGUAUAGUUCUAGACGUCCAAAAUCCACGUCCUUCAAUUCUCGCUGGAUACGUAUUAGUCCCAAGCUGGUUUCGGUGUCAAGAAGGGUAGUUUUACAUUUACCGGCCAACUUUUCCUGCGAGAUGUUUGCUUUCAUUACAUAUUGCCUGGGCUUUCCAAAAAUUAGUCUGCGCGCAGACGAAACUAAACUCUGGUUAACUCCAGAGGUACCAACCAGAGUUUAGUUUCGUCUGCGUGCAGGCUAUCCAAAAAUUUGCAAGGAGUUCCAAGCAUUACCCAAGAGAAGUUCCGAAUACUUCCGAAGAUUGCCAAAAGAAGCUAAAAGACUACUAAAACUUCUAAAAACUGUAAAAGAUGGAAAAGACCAAACAAUAAAACACCAAAGCAGCAAAACCAAACUUAACAGUGUCCCGUCCCGUUGGGUUGAUGAAAAAUAGUCCAGAUUUGUGAGGCAUUUGUAAGGAGUCACCCUGAUAGAACUUUGGAUGAAUCGAAUGAGUGGAAAGGCUGGACCCCUGCAAUUUUAUAACAACCAGUGCACUGUAUUAUCAGCCUGUUAAACUGACUGAUUCGACUUGUGCAAAAAUCCUUAAGAAUAACUCGGGUUAUUCUGUAAAAAUCAUCACCAAGAAGAAAAAAGCUAAGUAGUUUGGCGUUUUAAUUAAUUUCCAGUUUUUUUUUACAUGUUUUGUUCGUCCGCUAAAGCGCCAUAGCAGUGUUAUGGAGCUGUUGUGGAUUCAAAUGUUCGCGAACCCAAUUCCUUUAUUCGCCAUCCCAAGUUCGUGUGACAAGCGUAUCUUUCAAAUUCAAGAUUACUUUAACUCUACAGGAUUUGUAUAACGGACAGUAGCUUAAAUUUAUGUUUUUUUGUGAUGGUAUGGUUUGCCGUUCCUUAUUUACAUCCUCUAUUAAUUACGUGGGGUAGAUUCUCUCAUUAAAAACAAUCAUUUCCAUUUCUUCUUGCAGCACCACCAUCCUACGCAGAAAGCGUCAGUGGGCAGACCCGGCGACAUGAUACAGUGCAUUUCGACAAAGGCAUGGGAAUGCCGCAAUUAAGUGCUGCCGUUAAAAAGACGUCAUAG